CCCGGAACUGGAGCGUCUUUAGCUAGGGAUCGUCGUGAAUUUCACUUGCAUCACCUUUUGUUGAUGUUGCUUUUGAAUAAAAGAAGGGCUAUACUUACUCCACUUCAAAUUGAAUUAAAAAUAUAUAUUAUACAGUAAAAUAUGAUAUUGUUUGUUAGCAGCGUUUAAUCAGUUAAAUAACAGCUUCAACUUUUGCCAAUUUAUCACGCUAGUAAAUUGCGGACGGUCCCUGGUAAUUGCGAAGUGUCCCUCUGAGUUAGAGAGUUAGAGGUCACUUUCUGGACUAAUCAUGGACUCGAACCCGGAGCACAGCAAGGAGGUUGAUAUCUACCGCGACACGUGGGUCCGCUUUUUAGGCUAUGCCAAUGAGGUGGGGGAGGCAUUCCGUGCCCUGGUGCCAGUCGGGAUGGUCUGGGCUAGUUACGGGGUCGCCACGGUGUACGUGACAGCAGACGCUGUGGACAAGGGCAAGAAGGCAGCCACGGAACACGGGGACGGGCCAGGGAAGACGGCUCGGGUGGCGGUGGCUGUGGUAGACACCUUCGUGUGGCAGGCCUUGGCCUCCGUGGCCAUCCCGGGCUUCACCAUCAACCGUGUGUGCGCCGCCUCUCUCUACAUGCUGGGACGCACCACGCGCUGGCCCCUCCCCGUCCGCAAGUGGACCACCACCGCCAUCGGCCUGUCCACCAUCCCCUUCAUCAUCAAACCAAUCGACAGGUCUGUAGACUUCCUCCUGGACUCCAGCCUCCGGAAGGUGUAUGGCGGGGGUGGGAGUGGAAAGCACGACUCCUAGUGAAGAGUCUGAACUUGGGGCCUUGGAAGCACAGUGCAGCUCCAUGGGACCGGGGAGACCCAACACAGCCGCUGCUGUCUGACAGGGUGGCUUCAGGACUAUGGGACAUUGCAAUCAGCUAACCGAAAAACAUAGGGACCUCUGGGUGUGGGUGUUUGUAUUUCAUCAACUCAAGGUUCUUGAUGAACAAGGGAUUUUAUUUACUGUGUAACAUAUGUAUUAGUUGGACAACUAGCGCUGGCAACCAAACUACUCCCCCAUGACUGGGAUCCAGUGGAUGCGCACUUAGAUUUGUACAAGUGGUUGUAUUUUAUGUAUCUUUGCUUAACUACUGGAAAUGAGCCAUAGGGGGUGUAUUUAAUGAUCAGACUGUAGUGGAAUCAAAUACUGCUGCCCUUUAAUUCAAUAACAAUCUCACUUUAUUGAACAGUCCUUGAGGGGACACAAAGCUUCCCCUGAUGCAGAGGCAAGCAUUCUAGCUGCCGAGCUUCUUAUUUUAACACAUGGUCAUUUCAGAAGCGCAGGCAGUCACUGCAGCCUCAGUACGCCCCCAGUUACAAGCAGGUUUAUGAAUUAGUUUGGUGGUAUUAAGAUCCACCUCUGUUAGAUCAUUAAAAUGUACCCUAUAAUGUACUAAAAGCCAUCAUUCAGGGGAUUAAACAUGAAAAUGAGAAACUCAAUCUAUGCACCUGCACUACUGUUGUAUGUAUGAGAUGCAUUGUAAAAAAGCAUGUACUGUUUAUGGGUAUUGUAUACAAUGUUCCCCCAGGACAAGACUCCCCAAUUGCCCCUACUUUAGGCUCCUGUGCAAUACCAAUAGGACCUGAUGAGCCAAAGCUUGCAGGAAAUGACUGGGAAGUGGGGCCAAUACAGGGCUGUUAAGGUAUUCAGACACAGCCAUGCUAAACCACAAUGCUACUGAUGAGUUAAGAGUUCAAAUGGAUGUUAAAGCCUUAGUUAGCACUCAUUUAAAUAAACACUGACCUACUUCCAAAGCAUUUACUUGUUUUAUUUAAAAGGAGAAAAUCUCUUGACAAGCUGGCAUCAGUAUGUGAACCAUGUACAUUGAAACAACCACCAGCUGUCUUAUCCCUCGGUACUGUUGGCUGGUUUUUAUUUUGUAAUGAUUACAUUUUUUUUAUUUGAAAUGGUGCAUUAGACUAUAUGCUUUGGCAGUGUGCCCCAUUGUGAUGGCUGUAAUGGUAGUCCUGAGGAUUGUCAGGUUGUUCCUAAUAAAAUACUCUAGUUUUGUCUCAA